CCUACUUGUUGCUAUCUGACUCUCCCUUACUCUCGCCGACAAAUCUCGGGUCAAAGGUGUUCUGUCGCGAUGCCUACGCCCGUUGCGAAAGGUAUGCUUGCUCUUGAGGGUCAUUUCUUUCCCCCUUCUUGUUGCAAGAGAAGAAGAGAGUCAGUUAUCUGGGCGGUGUGUGCUUAUCAGUUGAUGAUGGAUGACGAUGGAUGAGAUGUCCCCGGGUCUAGCCGGGGACAGCAUUCCUCAUUUUGUCUAUCAUGUUUCCUACUCAAAGUUUCACUUACAGAUUCUGCUUUACAUGGAAAGGUAGCCUGAAAUCAUGAUACUGACACGCCCAGGAAUUAUCAUCACCGUCUCGGCGCUGGUUGCCGCCGGGAUCGCGGUCUACGAGUCGCCGCAGUUCCGCCAGUGGGUGAACAACUCGCGCCGCAAGAUCGCACUAGCUUUGCACAAUCUGGGCGACGAAAUUAACCCGCACGAUGCUCCGCUCAGACAGGAUAUCUCGAUGACCGAGGAAGUGGGCGCAGCAGCCGAAGAACGGCGGCGCAUAGCUCGGGAAGAGCUUGACCGGCGUCGCUCCCUGCUCGAAGAGCGUCGCAAGAGCAUGGUCAGGCCACCGUCAAACAGCUUUGAUACUUUGGUCGAUGAGCAGGGCCGAUUGUUGGAUCUUGCGGAUUCAUCGAGUGAUACGCAUUUAGCCAACUCGACUGCCGUGGAAGUGGCGACGUCGCAGCCGGUGCACCGGGGCAAGGUGCCCCAAACCUCGCUGCUGGAAGCGUCUCACGGUCAGACAGAUGUUCGCGAGACAGGUCCAUCACUGCAGCUUGAUAUCCCGUCGCCUCGUGCCGGUUCGCCUUCGCUGGCUGAGUUCACUCCUGUCUCGGAAGCUCCUGACAAAAUGGCCGCGUCGCUCCUCUCGUCGUCCCAUGCAGAGGACGAACACCAUGUUGUCGGAGAUGACGAGUCAGACUCUAGCCAUACGGAAGGUCACUCUGAGGUGCUCUUCGCUCACCCCGGGGAUUGGACGACAAACGAGUCCGGGCGCGACCUGAGAUCGCCCUUCUCGGACUUGGCAGAGCUGCAGCUUGAACGGGAGCGCGCCUCGACGCCGUCUACCAGCGAUAGCUACAGCCACAUUUACGAGUCUGCGAUCGACGCAUCAUCCGAUGGCACUUUGAGCGAAUUGGGCCGGUCGACUGGCGCGGCCACCCCGGCCAGUUGGUCGGAGGUGGGCAGUGUGAUCAGCAACGAGGAGCACAUGCAUCACUUGUAGGCAAAUUGGAACAACAACUCAGGGUAUCGUAUCAUUAGUCGGAUGGCGCUGGAGGAAGGUAUUGGCGUUUGCUUCUCUAUUUUGAAGGUGUUAGCUUAGGACA